AUGGCGUAUUCGCUUCUAGAGCACAUCCCCAUCCUGGAUCCCCAACACGGCCCCCUGGUGUGUUUCUUGCUGUUCGUGUUUCUCUGUGGCCUCGGCGGCAUGCUUCCUACUGGAAUUGAUGAGGUCGUGAGGAAGACUCAGGCCGAGCUCUUGACAUUGUGGCUGUUACUCGUUGCCUACUUCGUCGGCUUUACCAACACGAGUGCCCGACCAUCUGGAGCACCGAAAGUGAAGCUGGCUGGAUCGAGGAAUGCGCUCUUGCCUAAGAACACACCCUAUGAAGGCGAUUCUCAAACCAGGCACCCAGUCCGACCAGCGGGGCGCCUGGCGUCGCAGAUUCCUCGGGGUGCCACUGGUGCCCCUCGUAUUCCCAGGGACGCAGGAGUCUCAGAGAAGAAUCAUGAGGCCAUCAAGAAGAUCCCGCCCAUGACGGCGUCUGAGCAGCUGGAGGUUGAUACGCAGAUCCUCAGCCAAGCCCAAACAGAAGGUAUUGCUUCCGAUGCUUCGACGUACUCGAAGGUCAUGGGCGCCUGCAGCAGAUUGAACAACGUGGAGGUGGCACUGGACUUGUACAGCCAGAUUCUUCAGAAGGGCGUCCCCUGUGGCAGCGGCUCGCAGUCGAUGAGCAAUCACACGGUGAGCAAGUUCUUCAGGCUCGUGGCGGAGAAUCUGGACGAGAAGCGCAUGAAGGAGACUGGGCUCCAGCUUCUGGAUACCAUUCAGGCCCAUCGGAUGGUCCCGACGAACGCCAUCCAGAACUGCCUCAUCUGCGCGUGGAGAAGUAAGCUUCCAGACCAUGUCCUGGCUGCCUUCAUGAAGCUGAGGGAGCAGGGUGUCAGCCUCAGCUCCACCGCGUACCGCUGCAUCAUGGCUGCUCACGAGCGAACCGAGCCCGAGCGCACGCUGGAGCUCUUCGACGAGAUGGUCGAGCGCGGGGUCAAGCUUGAUCGGGUGGCGUACAAUGCUGCACUGUGCGCCUGCUCUCAUCUUGGCAUGGCCGAGCAGGCCCUGGAGUUGUUUGAGAAGAUGCCCGAGCAGGCGCUGGCUCCCAGCGGUAAGACGUACGGCGCACUGAUCAGGGCCUGCACCGCAACAGGCAAGAUGCAGGAGGCGGUGGACCUCUUCGACUCGAUGCGUGAGGCGCACAUCGAACCUAACCAGUUUGCCUAUCACGAUACCAUCCAAUGCUGCGUCAGGUUGAACAUGAUCGAGAAGGCCAUGACGCUGUACCAGGCUAUGAUCCAGGCGGACGUGCCCCCGUGCGACAAGACUUGCCUUUACCUGGGCAAGGAGUGCCAGAGGCGCGGAUGGACCGAAAUAGCUGUUCGGAUCUUGCAGGGCGGCGCCAACAGCAAGACCGCGCAGUCCCGUGGGGAGCGGGCGCGGGUGCCGCCUCUCACGACGGGGCCAGUCUAA